AUGGUUGAUCAGUCUGAAGCCGAAGACGCUACCACAAAGAGACUCUCGUAUAGACAUAAGAGAGCAACAGUUAGAAAACAAAACAAAAAUGCCAGGUUCGAUCAGAAUUCUAAAAAUGAAAGUAGCAUAGAUUUACCAAGAAAGAGGUUUUAUAGGCAAAGAGCACAUUCAAACCCGUUCUCUGAUCAUAGAUUAGACUACCCAAGGAGUCCAGAUGAAAUGAAAUGGAAUCAGCUUUAUCCCAAAUACUACGAUGAGGAUAAAAAUAUUAUGAUGAGGAAUGUUGAAAUUGCAGACAUUGGUUGUGGAUAUGGAGGACUUCUUAUAAGCUUAGCACCAGAGUUCUCUAACACUUUGAUACUUGGUAUGGAAAUCAGAGUCCAGGUCACUCAGUAUGUUGAAGAUAGAAUAAUUGCUUUGAGGAAGAAGUACUCUGGUAAAGAAAUUGACUAUCAAAAUGUUGCAGUAUUAAGAGGUAAUGCCAUGAAGUUUUUACCCAAUUUUUUUAGAAAAGGUCAAUUAUCCAAAAUGUUCUUUUGUUUUCCCGAUCCGCAUUUCAAACAAAGGAAACAUAAGGCAAGAAUCAUUACUAAUACUUUACUUUCUGAGUACGCCUUUGUUCUCAAAGAGGGAGGAAUAAUAUACACCAUAACCGACGUUGAGGAUUUGCAUGAUUGGAUGGUUACUCAUUUGGAAGAGCAUCCAUUAUUUGAAAGAUUAGACAAAGAAUGGGAACUUCAGGAUAAAUGUGUCAAUAUUAUGACAAAUGGUACUGAAGAGGGUCAAAAGGUAACCCGUAAUAGAGGUCAAAAAUGGAUAGCUUGUUACAAAAGGCUUCCAUACCCACAAGACAACGAGUAA